CAUUUCAUGUGGCAUCAUGCAACCCGUUUACAUGAAGAUCCAUCAUUAGUAAUCAACAACAUCCAAUUUCAAUUCCUGAAUUCUCGAAGUCGUACCUAUAGUAAAAACAUACCGAGAUACAGCCAAUGGCCGACAUGUUGGAAGCUGCUGUAGCAGCUCAUGCUUACGCUCAUCAUCAUCUCAUUCCCGCCACCCCAUCUCUUUCUCUUCCACUGAGAAAUGCAAUAAUCAGAACAACAAGAAGGACAUGGAAGCAUAGAGCUGUUACUUCUUCCUCUUCGACCCAGAAUCAAACAGUUGGUGGGCUAUUCUUGCCAACCCAAAUUGACAAACAUAGAACCAAUGGCAAUGAUGAUAAGAAAGCAAAAACGAAAAGGGUCUUCUUCUUAGAUGUUAACCCCCUUUGUUACAGAGGAAGCACCCCCAGCUUACACUCCUUCGCUCAUUGGAUUUCGCUUUUCUUCACUAGUGUCAGCCGCUCCGACCCUGUCAUUGCUGUUAUUGAUGGGGAAAAUGGUAGCGAGUAUCGCAGAAUGUUAUUACCUUCGUAUAAAGCACAUAGGAGGAAAUUCUUGAGACAGUACUCUGCUUCACAAAGAUUUUCAAGUGGUCAUGUGGGAAGGUCACAUCAACUCAUUGCAGACGUUCUUCGAGAUUUGAAUGUGCCUGUCGUAAAAAUUGAAGGCCACGAAGCAGAUGAUGUUGUAGCCACACUUGUCGGUCAAGCUUUAGGAAGAGGAUACCGAGUGGUUAUUGGUUCUCCUGAUAAAGAUUUCAAGCAGCUAAUUUCUGACGAUGUUCAAAUUGUUAUGCCCAUGCCUGAACUUAACCGUUGGUCCUUUUACACGCUGAAGCAUUACAUAGCUCAGUACAAUUGCGAUCCAUGCUCUGAUUUGAGUCUUAGGUGUAUCAUGGGUGAUGAAGUUGAUGGUGUUCCUGGGAUUCAGCAUGUGGUUCCUGGUUUUGGUCGGAAGACAGCGCUAAAGCUUAUAAGGAAGCAUGGAUCACUGGAAAAUUUACUAAAUGCAGCAGCAGUGAGAUCUGUUGGCAGACAGUAUGCACAAGACGCCCUUAUUAAAUAUGCAGAUUACCUGCGAAGGAAUCGCGAAGUUCUUGCCCUGAGGAGAGAUGUUAAUGUUCAUCUUCAAGAGGAGUGGUUGUCUGAGAGAAACAUCUGCAAUGAUAUGGUGGUUUUAUCGAACUUCAUGAGAUUGCUGGGAGAAACUCAUAAGCUCAAUUAGCGAAAUAGAUCUCAUUCUUCAAAUGGUUAAGCUCCAAAAUGCGCGCUCAAGGAUGUAUAUGUGUUUGACUAGACAUUCACAACUAGAUGGUAAAUAAUAUGCUUGAUAAUCAAGUCUUCUGAAACAUUUCCCGAUGAAACAUCUUUAACAUCAGUGCUUUCUAGCUGAGAGCUGAUAUUUCUUGGAUCACAGAGUAUGGAAUAAAAACAAAUGGCUUGUAGAACCUCAAGGGCUCAUUACGCGCAUUCCACUUGAAGAAUUAAACUUCCAUGGGACAUGGUGACUGGGAAUGUUAUCAGACAUUAUUCUGGUUCCAUAAGGACUGGCUCGGGUUUGGUUAGACCGGUCAGGAGAACGAGAACUGCGGUUCCACACAUGGAUUUGAUUUGGUAUUGUAUUUAUUUUUCGAACUCAAAUUAUUAAAAGCAAUGUCAGAGAAAUGAAGCUUCAGAAACAGUUGUGCACUAGUGUCGUUCUUAAGUUGUUUUGGAAUGGCUAAAGCAUCACUUUGGGCUUGGUCCGAAACAGUUAUGUGUUUUUGCCUUUCUGAACCUCAUGGAGAUGGAAUGUUGAAACCAGGCCACUUGAUGAUUCAAAGAAAUCAAUUGGAAUCAAGAGCGAGUUGGAGAAAAUUGUUUAUGGUUUUAAAGAAUCCAGCAAAAAUAACUAGAGGAUAAUGGGAUGGCAAACUUUGGAUGAACAUAGGUUUUUUUUUUUUUUUUUU